AUGGCUGGAAUAAUUCAAGGUGUCGAGCGGCACUACACAACUGACAAUCUUUUACGGGCAGCAGCUCCGUACAAUCGGAUAAAGAAUUUUGAAGCCUAUUGUGCCACAUCAGAGUCCAAUGUCUUGUUCUGUUGCACUAAAGAUACUGAUGGACGAAAUAUCAAGAGAACUGUAACAAUUACCACGACGAUUAGGAAGGCAAUCUUUUCAUCACAAGAUGGUGAUGAUGAGAGGAGAGGGGUUAGGGGUUUUGUUGACGACGGCCUGAUGGUGACGUUGACGAGAUUUCGUGCCGGAAUCGUAGUCGAUCCACGCUACAAUCGGCUUGCCGGAGUGGAGAUUGAGAUCUAUCUUCGAACCCCGACGAAGUACACCCAUUUCUUCAUCCCAGCCCUAAUCAAUCGAAUUCAUCCCCUCGAUGUCUGUGACCUCCUCGUCGACGGAGUAAUCGAAUCCCGCGGCGGGCUGAGCGCCGGAGAAUAG